UAGAGUCACACUGGUCGUUUGGCAUCUCUGCAGGGGAUGUUUGUCAGAGAACAUAUAAACACAGGAAUACACGAGAAAAUUGAACUGAAACAAAUAAGUGUGGAACUUUUAGCAAGCAAAGCACUUCAGUUUGAGUGUACAGCAACAAUUGGAAGACUCCAAAAUGGCUCCUGUUGUAGUUGGUUUUGACCUGUCUUCUGUAAGAUGUGUUUGGGAAGGAAGAAUAAAAAAACAUAAAGAGCGGCAAAAAAAAGAGAGGGAAAGGCAGGAGAGAAGUGCAUUAGUGAAGAUCAAUGAGGAAUGGACACAGAGACUUGAACGUAGAAGAAGAGCCAUUAAGAAUUACAUUGAGCGGGGUAAAGAUGGAAAGAAUGGUGAAAUGCACAUUCAAAUGCAACACUUAAAAAGCAAACUUGGAAAGAACACUCAGCUCCUAAAUUUUCUGGACUUGACAACAAACACCAUAACAAAGGACAAAAGAUUUAUUUUUGAACUGCAAGGAAUGGAAUGGAAGGAGCUUCCUGAUUCCUUAAUGGAGAAGACUUAUCUCAGAGAGUGGCAUAUUAAGAAAACAAGCAUAGAAAUCAUUCCAUCAUUCAUUACCAUGUUCCAGGAUCUGAUUGUAAUGGAUUUAUCCCGGAAUUGUAUCAAGGAGCUUCCAGCUGAAAUAGGCAAGAUGACCAAACUGAAAGAGCUAAAUGUUAGUUUCAACAAGCUUACGUCCAUUCCACCAGAGCUUGGGAACUGUGAGAACCUGGAGAAACUGAAUUUAGCAAGUAACCUGAAGCUGGAAGAGCUCCCAUUUGAGCUGCGUGAUCUGCAGAAACUCAGCCACUUAGAUCUGUCCUCGAACCAGUUUCUGAGCAUGCCCAUUUGUGUUCUUCGGAUGUCCAAGCUCAAGAGUCUGGAUCUUAGCAGCAAUAAACUGAAGGAACUUCCUCAGGAUCUGAACAGACUCAGUGAACUCCAGUCCCUGUUCCUUCAGAAGAACAAGAUGACCUACCUAUCCAGAGUCUUGUGUAGAAUGCCUAGUCUAAAGAUGUUAGUUGUCAGUGGCGAUGACAUCAAGAACAUGCCAUCUGCUCUUUUGACGGAUCCCAAUCUAAAAUACAUUAAUCUUCGAGAAAAUCCACUUGACAGUAUUGGAGAUAUUUCAAUUAGUGAAAUAUUUGAAGAUGAUGAAUAUGAAGAAUUUGAAAAAGAUUUGAUGCACACAUACUUUCAGGAUUUGGAAGAAAGAGAAACAGCACCAACCUACACAACAAGAGUGUCUCUAAGCCUUCAGCUCUGACAACAUUUGGCAUCAUAUUUCACCAAUAUAUGCAAAGGAUCUCAAUCAAAUUUAAGAAUGAUGAUGCUUUGUCCAGAACUUAUCUACUGAAUUAGAAGCUGCCUUCAAGUGAUCUCAUCAUGCUAUUUUAAAAACUGAAGUCAGAUUUGUGAAAUUGAAAUUAGAAAGUAGUUUUAUUAUAGAUAUGCUGCUUUUAUUUGUGGCACGGUUCAGUAGCUGCCUAUAACAUGAGCUGUUGAUUGGAGUUUCAUGACCAAAUGUUAAAGGUGAGGAGUAUUGACAUAAUCAAAAGUAAUGAAGGGAACUAUGACUUGAUCUGGAUGUCAACAAUGUGUAUGUAUUAUAGUAACUUAGAUAUAACAGAAGAUUCUGAAGAAAUAUGUGCAGUUUCUACAAUUUUAUUAAUCUAAAUUCUAUUUCUCAUUUUAUCACAAUUGUAAUCACAAUUAGAAAGUUAUUUUACACACAUAAGGAUUUUUUUCUUCAUCUUGUCUAUUAGAAACUAGGAGAUUUAGAUUUGCAGUUGGCCAGUAUUCACUAGUUUAUUCCUGUUUAACUGAAGAAUUAAUCAAUGUUAAAUAUAUAAUAGUAUAAUUAAGACUCUCCCAGGUAUUCCCCAAGCUUCUUCAAUGUUUCCACCACCUAAAAACUUGUCAGGUGGAAAAAAUAUUCUCACCCCUGGUAUAACUCCUCUCUUCUCCUGUUGGGGGGAGAAAUUUGUCUCUGGUUUGAAGCUCUAAACAUAUGAGUACAUCAGUCACUUGUUGUAGUCACCUCCAUAUAGGACAUUUCAUUCAGCUGAUGUCAAUGGAAUGUGCUGGAGGUUAGUACAGCUGGUACCAAUACCCUCUCAGCACUAAUCACUAGUGGUGACAUUCUGCCCUGUGGUCAUCAAAGUUAAAUUUCUUCAAUCACUUAAUACAUUUUUCAGCUGUCUUAGUGUAAGUUCUCAGCAUUUUGAUUUUUCUACAAGUUUUCUUUCCCUGUAAUGAACAACAAUUUGACUUCUGCUCUUAACAAAAUGAGCCUGGAUAAAACUAACAUGGAAGAGGUCUGUCCCAAUUGAUAAUAGAACUGCUGAAUAGUGAAGAUUAGGGCAGCAGUCCUUAUUUAUUCAAAUAGUUUUCUUCUCUGCAUUCUCCUGGAAGCUUUCGGGGAAUAUAGUUCAUGCUAGCAGGAAAAGUUUUAAAAAAUGAUGGCAUCUCUUUUUAUUAUGCCAAGUGUAGAAAUCUCAUUUACUGCUGAAGGCAAUACAAAAACAUUUAAUUUACAGCCUGUUCCCAGCAUGCAUAUUGGAAUAGCAUCACAACAAUUGCAAUUUGUCAGAAACUCAUUGUAAUGAGAAUUUGUUAUCUAUAUCAACAAUCUGGAUGUAAUGUGGUUAACUGGAUCAGCAAAUUUGCAAACGACACCAAAAUUGGGGGUGUAGUGGACAGCAAAGAAGACUACCAGAGUUUGCAGCGAGAUCUGGACCAGGUGCAAAAAUGGACUGAAAAAUAGCAGAUGGAAUUUAAUGCAGAGAAGUGAGGGGUGUUGCACUUCAGUAGGACCAGUGAAGGUAGGUCUUACACAGUGAAAAACAGGGCACUGAGGAGUGCUGUAGAAUAAAGAGAUCUGGGAAUACAGGUCAAUAAUUCAUUGAAAGUGGCAUAAUCAAUAGAUAGGGUUGUAAAGAAAGCUUUUGGCACACUGGUCUUAAUAAAUCAAAGUAUUGAAUACUGGAGAUGGAAUGUUAUGUUGAAAUUGUAUGAGACAUUAGUAAGGCUUAAUUUGGAGUAUUUUGUGCAGUUUGAUCACCUGCCUACAGGAAAGAUGAAAAUAGGGUUGAAAGAGUACAGAGAAAAUUUAUAAGGAUGUUGUCGGGACUGGAAGACCUGAGUUAUAAGGAAUGACUGAAUAGUUAGGACUUUAUUUCUUGGAAUGUAGAAGAUUGAGAGGAGAUUUUUCAGAGGUAUACAAAAUUAUGAGGAGUAGGUAGGGUAAAUAUAAGCAGGCUUUUUUCCACUGAGGUUGGGUGGGACAACACUAGAGAUCAUAGGUUAAGCGUGAAAGGUGAAAAGUUUAAGGGAAACAUGAGGUAAACUUCUUCACUCAGAGGGUUUUGAGGUUGUGGAAUGAACUGUCAGUUCAAGUGGUGCAUGAGAGCUCAAUUUCAGCAUUUAUGAGAAGUUUGGAUAGGUACAUGGAUGGUAGGGGUAUGGAGGGCUAUUGUCCCAGUGCAGGUCGAUGGGAGAAGGCAGUGUAAAUAGUUUGGCAUGGACUAGAUGGGCCAAGGGGCAGGUUUCUGUGCUGUACUUUUCUAUGUCUCUCUGAUUCCAAAAAUCAGAUACUCCGUUUUUUUUUUGCUUUUAGCUUAAGUAGAUUGCACACCAUGCUAACACACAAAUAAGCUAAAUUGAAUUGAUUUUGGCACUAUACUUAAAUAUUGUAAAAAUAUAUUAUUCCAGGAUAAAUGGAUUGUUUCAAUAAAGGAUCUCAUUGCUUUAGUUAGUUCACUGUGUGAAGUGAUAAGAUAAAGAAUGUUGUAAUUCCACUGAACUGGGGGGGCUCCUUAUUGCAAGUAGGGGAGGAGCAUUUGCAGAGUUCCCGUUUUGAAUUUGCUAUCUAAUAAUCUCUUGCAGAAUUUCUUCAGCAGAAUAUUAGAUGUGGAUUAGUCCAAUCCUGUAGAUGUCCAAUCACAUUUACAGUCCACAAUCAUUUGAAAAGAACAGCCAUUUGAAUGAAAUAUGAGGGUUCUAUCAUCUGUGGAGCUUAAUCCCAUUCUCUUCAGGAGAAGAAACAUGAGGAAAAAUAGAAAAAGUGCAAAUUAAAUUGCAAAAGAUGUCAACCAAUGACACAUAUGCUUGAAUAUCUUUUACCAUUUUGCAAAUACUUUCUCUAAAACAUGAGCAACUCAGUUUUCGUAAUUAUAUUAUUACAUUGUAAAAUUUAUUUUUGCAUUUUUUCUUAUAAUAGUGCACAGAGCUAUGAUAAAUUAUGUAUUAAAAUGAAUGAUAAUUACUUGAAAUUACUGAUUUGUUGAAUGUUAAUAAGUGCUGAUAAAUGCUUAUUGCAAAAUAUCAUUAAUUCUUAUGUACUUAAAAUGUAAUUAUAAACAGAAUACUGCCAAGAACUCAUAUUGUUCUGUGAUAAUUUUCCAUAAUUUACUGCUAAGUACUUAUGACACAUCAAAGCUGUACAGCAAUCAAUAUAUGUACUGAAUAAGGGGAGUUCUCUUUAGGAAAGUACUAGAAAAGGCUAGAAAAAAGAUUGAUUGAUGAACCAACCAAAUUAUGCCUGACAAUUUUUUCCAGAAAAAAUCAGGCAAUGAAAUCACAAUAAUGCUCCUCUCUUCCAGAAAGAUAUUUGUUCAGCAAAGCUGCAAAAAACUUACUGCUGUAAAUUAUGGCUAAGAUUGCUAAGUCCUGUAGGUUGUUGGUACAAUAC